CUCUAAAUAGGCAGGCUCCAGCUAUUAUUGUGAGCGCCAAACGUGUUUCAGGGUCCAGGAUCUGCGAAAUUUUCUCGAAAGGACCUAGACAAUAGCAACAAUAACGCCCGUGGCAGAGAACAGGGCUCAGCCUCCCGCCCUAUAAAGGCCAGCAAUCCCCCCCUUACUUCUCAUCUUCUUUCUUCAGAAGCCACACCCAUUACUCUCUCUGAUCGCUCUUCAGACCCAUCACAGUUUUCAACACCUUCACUACCUUUCACAAUGGCUUCACUCACAUCACUUCCCAUUGAGCUUCGCUCACACAUCUUCGCGCUUGCAAAGCCCGACACCAUCACCAUCACCAUCAAGGAGAGUGCCGAUCUCGCCGUCACCUCCACCUCCUCACCACCUGCUCUCUUCACCACCACCAAAGAGUCACGUGCCGAAGCCCAGAAAUGGGAAUUGACGCCGUACUCGGUGCUCGUGGGAGACGACUACCAAGACCUCCUCUUCUCUGGAGAUGUCACACUCCACCUCAUCAUUCUCCCUUCAACCGCCGAACACCUCUCCAUCACAUGGACAGAAGUAUACACUGUCCUCGGCGACGCGCUCCUCGACGCGCAGAAAGUGGAGAUCGAGUGCAGCCAGCCUGAGCGUCUCGCCAGGCUUUUCAUGCUGCCGGAGGCGGAGCUUGUGGGGGUAGGGUCCAGUUGUGUGGACCGGUGUCUGUUCGGUAGCGAGAUCAUCUCGUCGGACCGGGAGACUCGCGAGGCCCUUCGACCCGAUAUUUCGGUGUUCGUUGGUACCGAGGAGUACGUGUUGGAGGAGGAGAGGGUCGAGGGGUUUUUCGGAGAGGAGGGGUUUGAGACGAAGGGGUUCACGAAGAGAUCCGCACUGUACUUUCAAGAUGCGGAUCCGGCUGUUGACGAGGAAACCGAAGCACUGUACUUUCAAGAUGCUGAGGUGGAGUCGCAGUCGGCGGAGAAGGGGUCCGGGGAGGAGUUGACGGAGGACGGGUUGGCGAGGCUGUGUGCUGAGAUGAAGAAGCUGUUCCCCAGUACUUCUCAUUCUGCAUCAGAUCCUGGCGGUAGUGUAAUGCCCGAGCUCGAUUAG